GCCUGUGUGGAGAAUGGCUGAAAAUCAGAAUUGGUUCUAGAAGCACUUUCUUUUCUGGUUGUGAAUAUGAGCCCAGCAGACGCCAUGAGCACGGUUGCAGGGGCGUGAGCCCGGGCUUGACACAUGUGUUUCCCAUUGAUAGCUGGAGACAGCCCAGUAGCUACAAGUCGGCCUGACAAAGCCGUAUUGAAGUACAGAGUACGGUUUCAAAGCAGUCAGAAAAAGAACGGGAAUGCUGUUCAGGAAAUUCUUCAGGCAUGGGCAGGGACUUGGCUGCAGUUCUGCAGUUGGAAAAUCUGACUGGGGCAGCUUCUGAACACAGGCUGGGCCUGCUCACGAGCAGCGGGCUGAGUGGCCGCCUCCCUCAGAGGUCUCGGGAUCGCGGGUGAGUUUCCUCGGCGCUUUGUGAAACACACAAGAGAGAUGCCUCAGGAACAAUACACACACCACCGGAGCACCAUGCCCAGCUCCGAGGGGCCACAGGUGUAUAAAGUGGGGAUUUACGGCUGGCGGAAAAGAUGCCUGUAUUUCUUUGUCCUGCUCCUCAUGAUUUUAAUACUGGUGAACUUGGCCAUGACCAUCUGGAUUCUCAAAGUCAUGAACUUCACAAUCGAUGGAAUGGGAAACCUGAGAAUCACAGAAAAAGGUCUGAAGCUAGAAGGAGACUCAGAAUUCUUACAACCUCUUUACGCCAAAGAAAUCCAGUCCCGACCAGGUAAUGCCCUCUACUUUAAAUCUGCCAGGAAUGUCACAGUGAACAUUCUCAAUGACCAGACUAAAGUGCUAACUCAGCUGAUAACAGGUCCAAAAGCCGUGGAAGCUUAUGGCAAAAAGUUUGAGGUAAAAACCGUUUCUGGAAAAUUGCUUUUCUCUGCAGAUGACAAUGAAGUGGUAGUAGGAGCUGAGAGAUUAAGAGUUUUAGGAGCGGAGGGCACAGUGUUCCCUAAAUCUAUAGAAACACCUAAUGUCAGGGCAGACCCCUUCAAGGAACUAAGGUUGGAGUCCCCCACCCGGUCUCUGGUGAUGGAAGCCCCAAAAGGAGUAGAAAUAAAUGCAGAAGCCGGCAAUAUGGAAGCCACCUGCAGAACAGAGCUGCGACUGGAGUCCAAAGAUGGAGAGAUUAAGUUAGAUGCUGCGAAAAUCAAACUACCUAGACUGCCUCAUGGAUCCUACACGCCUACAGGAACGAGGCAGAAGGUCUUCGAGAUCUGCGUCUGCGCCAAUGGGAGAUUAUUCCUGUCCCAGGCAGGAACUGGUUCCACUUGUCAGAUAAACACAAGUGUCUGCCUUUGAAAGACUAUCCACAGUGGACAAUAUCGGCAGCAUAAAGGCCUUUUUUGGCUUCAGACACUGGCUGCCAGCUAUUUUUACUAGAACACAGAAAGCCUAUCAAAGACCUUUUGAGUGUGUGAGUGUACGUGUGAGUGUGUGCGUGGGUGGAUAUAAAUAUAAAUAAAUAUAUAUAUCCUCUGUAUAAAAUGAGGUUUCAGUACAAAAGAAACCAUGGGUGACCCUGUGAUAUCCACUGUCAUUUUUCAUGUCAUCCCACCACCUCCAUGACAAAAUAUAAACACUAAUUCAGGCCCAACAGUCCCCAGACCAUUCAGAAUCACACAGUAUGUUGGACACUUACACAAUGUUCAUCUACACGUUCGAGUAACAGAUCUUCUCCUCUAGAGUCAUUACAAGGCAGUGAUGGCGGGAAUCUCCAAGCCAUGCUCAAACAAUGAGACUCCUGUAUCAAAAACAGGUAUUUGCUUUCCUCUUGUAGCUUUAGUAAGGCUGGCCAACGUCCCCCCAUUCAAGUUAGGGGUGAGACACUGCCGUAGAAGUCAGCCAUGGGAACUCAAAAUGUCAGCCCUACCUUUGCAGCCAAAUGUACCAUAGUUGGAUACAUGAGGAGGAGACAUUUUUGCAAAUUUUGAACUGCUCACCCAACUUCUGCUAUUUUACUCCCUUCAAACUCACAUAUUCUCCCACACUUAAAAUAGGUAUUAUAAAUCAGCACAAAAUAGGGUAACAGCUGCUCCUCAGUUGGCUGGAAGCUACUCAGUGGUCUGACAGGCAAAGAAUAAAUGGGCAAUAUGUCUCUAAGAAAAAAAUUAUGGCUCAGAAACUGUUAUGGCUUCACAUCUGACUUUAUCCAACAUACUCCAACCCGAAACAAUCAGUUCAAUCAAAAUCCCUAAGAGCAGAACCCAUACCCCAAGAGAAGACAUUUUGAGAUAGAAGUCUAAUUAAGAGUAGCAUUGGAAACCUAAUUAUUUUUUAUAAGUUUAUUGGGAUUGGUAGGUAAUUUAAAGAUGUGCCUUUUAUUUUUAAAGGCCUGCACAAACUCUCUGAGUGGGUCAUCUUAUAUAUUUUUCAGUUCUGGGAUAUUCAUCUUCCUAAACCCACUACUACAUUUUCUGCAAGAAUCACAGAUGAAAAGUACUUCGUGCUGCUACAACUGCUCACUGAACAUUACUGUAAACUGAGUCAAGGGUCUUUAUCAGAAUCGCUGUGUCCCCUGGGGCCCAGCAGCACCUGCUCCCCCAAGUGUGGAGCCAGCUCUAUGAUUCCCGCCGUCAGCUACCACUCAUCAGCCACACUCCACCUUCAUCAUCAUGUUCCAGGGUCACCCUGGCCAGCUCUUGUGCUGGGACAGGGGAUUACACCAUCUCUGUUCAAAGAGGGGGAAAUGUGCCUAUGCCUUAAGUCAAUGCACUCAGCAAGGAGAAGCACAUCCUAUUUAUCUUGUUACUUGUAGUUUAUUUUGGGUGAUUGGAGGGGAAUGGUUUUGUAAUGACUGGGCAUCUUAAAAGCUGGUUGAUGAUAGAUGUGGACUCACUCUGGGGAACCCAGAAUGGUGAUGUAACUGGCUUAGUCAGUUCUGGAUGCCAUUUGGCAAGCAGUGGCCCCACAAUCCUAAAUGAAGUAGUAUUUAUAGGCCUGAAUUUUGAAUUGUUGAGAAAAAAAAAAAAAACCAAAUCUGUUUAGUUUUUUUUUCUCAACAUGGUUCUAAUUUUUCUUAUUUCACAAGCAAGGGAAGGUUUGUCAUAGGAGAUGAAUUUUGAGAUGACGUUCAAGACAGGUUUGCACACGUGGGAUGUAAAAGCAAGCUAUGUAUUGCUUAGUCACUUAGAAGUGGGGGUGCGGGUGGGGGGAGGGAAGGGUGAUCUUAGCCUGCCUAGUGAUGCUGCUGGCUUCCAGACCCCAGGCUUGCUCCAAUCACUCUCGCUCAAUACCCCAUGCAGAAGAAUUGGGUUGGCCGGUCUUAGGGUGAGGUCAUAAGACUGCUUAGUUUACAGCACUAGGGUCUAAAAGGAAAACCAUUAUAAAAUACAUCAGUUUACUCUGGAUUAGUAUUAUUAAUAUCCUGUCGGGUCAUGCUGUCAGAUCUGCAUGUAUCACACCCAGGGUUUUUCCAAGCCAAGAAAGACCACCUUGGCUACCAGGAGGACCUACCCCAUAUCAUUCAGAUAAUAGCUCUGAGGUCCUCUGUGGCUAAAUACCUUAAGACAAGGUUUGUUAUUAAGCAGACAGACCAUCUUUGCAUUUUGCCAUCUCAAGUACAUAAUGUAUGGAUUACCAGAAAGCAAACAGUUCCCUGAAUCUCUUUCCUCUGAUUUUGUUCUAAUCAUUAUGUGAAAGUCUGCGAUCAGCACCUUAGAAGUUUUAUGCCAAUAAAAAAGACUGGUGUGAUCCCAAAUGCACAAUUUAAUACUAAGGGUAAUCAGAUCUCAAAUAGAAUAAAAAUAAUAAUAGCAACCAAGAAUAUAAAUCAAGCACCUAUCGGGGACAAACAUGCUAUAAAUUUCUGGUUUUCAUUGAUCCUAUGUGACCACAAUAUACAAGGUAAUAAGCAGGAAAUCUCAUGUGGAUUAAAUUCUGUAUUUCAGUUCAUAUUUUAGAAAUUGGUAAAAGACAUCCUAAGUUCUUCAAUGUACAUUUUUUUCUCCCACCACCCUCUGCGUAGAAUGUCCAUGGUCAUGAGAGAAAGUGUUACCUGAAUUCUGGAAAAAAAAAAAAAAAUAGCUCUUUUAUUAAAAUCUGCUACCCCCUGAUUUUAAAAACUGAGAUUCUUUCUAAUCUUUAUAUAUAAUAUCUUCUGGACAAUCACACAUUUGCAUAUAUUAAGCAGCCUGGACUGUAACAAACAAUAAGUUCAAAUGAAUCUUCAAUAUACUAGAAGUUCUAAUCUGUUAAUAUUCUUCAAAAGAUUUUUAUAAAUUAAAAACUGAUCUCCAAA